AUCACAUCCUUGGGAUUGCCCUCCUGUUGGUAAGGUUAGCUCCUGGAUGCAGUUUUGUUUAGUAUGAGAAGUAGUGACUUGUCUUCUAGAGCAGCUACGCAAUAGUCAUCUAGUUCGUAAGCCAUAGGCGUCGGUGAUUGCUCCUUGGGCUACUGUCGAUUCUUGUUUCCGCGUAGAACCGUUCCGCUUCUAGGAGAGACAUGGCUUCAGAAGAAGAGAAGGUCCUGCAGGAGGCGAAGAAGCUCCCGUUAGAAGAUAGAUUAGCUCACAAGAACUGGAAGGUUAGGAAUGAGUUGUAUUUGGAUAUCGCCGACAGUUGCAACAAGAUUAAGGAUCCCAAAGACCCCAAGCUCAGAGAAUUUGGUGCUUUGUUGAAGAAAGCAGUAUCUGAUGCAAACGCUCCUGCACAAGAAAAGGCUUUAGAUGCGUUAAUAGCAUUUCAGUUGGCAGCAGAUGCUGAUGUUGCGAGGUACGCCAAGGAGAUUUGCGAUGCUACGGCUACGAAGUGCCUUACUGGUCGACCUAAGACAGUUGAGAGGGCACAGACCUCGUUUCUAUUAUGGGUCGAGCUCGAGGCCGUCGAGGUUUUCUUGGACUGUAUGGAGAAAGCGGUGAAGCACAAAGUCGCCAAGGCCGUAGUGCCAGCCAUCGACGCCAUGUACCAAGCCCUAAGCCAAUUCGGCACUGCCGUGGUUCCUCCGAAGCGUAUUUUCAAGAUGCUUCCCGGCCUGUUCAACCACGCAGACCAGGGAGUGCGACAGUGCGCCAAGGGCCUCACUGUCGAGCUUUGCCGCUGGCUGGGGAAGGACACCGUCAAGCGCUUGCUGUUUGAAGGGCUCCGUGACGCCACGAAAGCGGAGCUCGAGGCGGAAUUCGAGCAGAUCGAAGGUCGCGCUGUUCCGACGAGGCGGAUUCGUUCGGAGCAGAUGAAGGAGAUUGAGGAGCCAGAGGUGCUGGAUGCCCCAGCUGACGACUCCAAGGCCGCAGAGCCUGAGGCUCCUCCUGUGAUUGACGACUAUGACCUGGCGGACCCUGUCGACAUCCUGACGCCACUAUCCAAGACGACCUUCUACGAUGGCAUUAAAGCUACCAAGUGGUCAGAGAGGCGCGAUGCCAUAGCAGAGCUGACCAAACUGGCGAGCACCAUCCGCAUUGCGCCAGGAGACUUUCUGGAUAUUCAGCGGAGCUUGAAGAAGCUGACUGCGGAUGUGAACAUUGCUGUUGCCACGGAGGCCAUUCAGGCAGCUGGCAACCUGGCCAAGGGCCUACGGAAGGACUUCUCGUCUGGAGCACGCCUCAUGCUGCCAGCCUUACUGGAGAGGUACAAGGAGAAGAAGCCGAGUGUGGUGCAGGCCAUCCGAGACACGAACAAGGCGUUCUAUGUCUCAGGGUGCUUGGCGCUAACGGAUGCACUCGAGGACAUCAGCGCAGCCGCGAAGCACAAGGUCCCGCAGGUCCGCUCGGAGGUGUUGGGGUGGGUGGCUGUGUGCAUCGAGGCCAGCAAGCGGCCCCAAGUCAUGGCGGUGCACAAGGAGCUCAUCCCCAUGCUCAUUGAGAGCCUUCAAGAUGGGACAGUAGAUGUUCGUGAGGCAGGCUUCCUCGCCCUUGCUAACGUUGCCAAGUGUGUGGGCAUGAAGCCUCUGGAACGACACCUGGAGUCGGUAGACGAGGUUCGGAAGAAGAAGUUGAUUGACGUCAUUGCCAGUGCUGGCGUCACUGUGGAGGCCGCACCUCAAGCCACGGCCAGCAGGACCUCUGGGGGCAGCCAGACAACGUCCAGAGCAGCUCCGCCCGCCAAGGCGUCGGCAGCCAGUCUGCUCAGUGGCAAAGCUGGCGCUCGCCCGUCUGCCACCGGAGCUAAGGUGGAGACGGGGAGCUCUGCUGCUGGCAACAAGAGGGCGAGUGGCGAUGCGAAAAAACCGGCGCAAGCUGCUGCGCCACCAGAAGAGAUCGAGCCGGAGCCGUGGAGCCCCGAGACGGUGGAGGAGCACGCCAAGGCAGUGCUGCCGCCAGAGAUGGUGGACAGCCUCAAGAGCUCCGCCUGGAAGGAGAGGCUCGAGGCCAUGACGAACAUCAAGGAGAUGGUUCCCAGCAUGGCAGAUGCACAGGCCAACGUUGAGACCAUUGUGCGCCUUAUCUCCACCACCCCUGGCUGGAGUGACAAGAACGUGCAAGUGCUGCAGAAGAUGCUGGAGUGCGUGUCAGCCCUCGCUGACAAGGUGGACCGGUUUCCCAAGAAGUGUGUUGUGCUCUGCAUGGAAGGCCUUAUUGAGAGGGUCGGGGACAUCAAGACGCGGAUCCAAGCCACGGCGUGUCUCACCACGCUGGCAGAAUGCGUCGGGCCUCAGUUCCUCUUCAGCAGAAUCAUUCCUAUCGUGAGUGCGCACAAGAACCCCAAGGUGCUGGCGGAGAGCAUCACAUGGAUGGUCACAACAGUCGACGACUUCGGCACCGCCCAGCUCAACCUCAAGGAGCUGCUAGAGUUCGUCAAGAACGUGGGGCUGGGCUCCAGCAACGCACCGUGCCGCAGUGCCACCACCAAGCUGCUCGGUGCCAUGCACAAAUACGUUGGGCCUGACCUCAAGGGCUUCCUCACGGACGUCAAGCCCGCCCUCCUGACCUCGGUGGAGGCAGAGUUCGAGAAGAACCCCCACGAGCCAUCAGCUGCGCCAAAGAGAACAGUGAAACGGCCAUCGAGUGGGUCGGGUGGCGAGGCAGCAGCAGAGGGAGACGGAGGGGGAGGAGGGGAUGGCGGAGGAGGGGCAGGACUGCCUCGGGAGGACAUCAGUGCGAAGCUGACUGCCACUCUCAUUGCCAACCUCGGCAACUCCAACUGGAAGGUGCGGCAGGAGUCAAUGGACGCUGUCAAUGGCAUCAUUGAGGAGGCCAACCGCCGCAUCCUGCCUGAUGGCACAUUUGAGGUGUUUGGAGCGCUGAGGGCCCGCCUGUCAGACAGCAACAAGAACCUCAUCAUCCUCGCCAUGAACACCAUCGCCAACCUCGCAGACGCCAUGGGCGCACCCGUCGACAAGCAGAGCCGGGGCAUCAUAUCGGACGUGCUCAAGUGUUUGAGCGACCCAAAGCGCCAGACCAAGGAGGCAGUCAUCAAGACGCUUGACUCCUGGCUGGGAGCGCUGGGCCCUGACAAAACGGUUCCUGUGGUGGCGCCUGCCAUGGUGGACACCAAGAUAGCGGCGGAUGGGCGCAAAGAGCUGUAUGAGUGGAUGCUGCGGCAGCAGGUACUCUCCAAGAGCGACCCUGGGAGCGCCAUCACGCUGCUGCGUGCAUGCUCAGCGGGGCUGCAGGACAAGUCGCAGGAGAUCCGAAAGGCAGCAGAAGCGCUCACCACCGAGCUCGUCAAGGCCUGUGGCUCCGACGCUGUGAGCAAGGCAGCAAAGCACGACCUGCCAGCAGCAGCGCAGCCGCCAGUGCUGCUCAUAUCGGAGAAGCACCGCGUGUCAGUGUCCAGCGCUGAGAGCAUGGAGGACGAGGAGGAGGAGCCCCCUGCCAUCAGCCCGGCCAAUAAAGCCACAACUCGUGGCACCAGGCCACCAUCGCCUGGUUCAGGGGGGCGCAGCAGCCUGCCCGCGCCGGUGGGGCGCUCACCAGCAUCGGCGUCGAAGCUGGGCGCGCGGCAUAUGCAGGCAGCACUGCAGGAGGCCGCGCUGCAGAAUGAGCCGCUCUUCAACCUCAGAGAGUCCAUCAAGGAGGAGAGGGACCGGUCGCCACGGGGUAUUAAGGUCAAGUAUGAGGACCCCCGACCAGAACAGCUGCAAGAGCUGGAGGCGGACGUGGCGAAGAUAUUCCGGGAGGAUCUGGUGCAGCGCAUGUUCAGCAAGGACUUCAAGCUCCACGUUGCUGCCAUUGACACCUUCCACAAGGCCAUGGAGCAGCAGCCACGAGAGUUUAUGGAGGUGCUCGACCUCCUGCUGCGCUGGUUCGUCCUGCGCAUAGCAGAGGCCAACACCACGUCGCUCCUGCGGGCGCUGGACUUCCUCACAGACCUGGUGCAGGUCCUCACCAUUGAGGGCUACAUCCUCACGGAAUACGAAGCCAACAUCCUCAUUCCGUGCCUCGUGGAGAAGUCGGGGCACAACAUUGCCAACAUUCGGGAGAAAAUGCGCGAGCUUGUGCGGACGCUGCCACUGGUGUUCCCGGCGACGCGGGUGUUCCAAGCGCUCGUCGAGGGGUUGCGGUCGAAGAACAACCGCACCCGCAUCGAGUGUGUCGAGCACAUGGAAGCCAUGGUCGAGCGGCACGGCAUUGAGAUCAUGGGUAACUCGCGCGUGCCUCUGGUGAGUGUGGCAGCGCUGACCACGGAGCGCGACACGGAGCUGCGCAAGGCAGCGCUGAGCAUGCUGGCCAGUGUGUACGUGCUUCUGGGGGAGGACAUCUGGCGCCUGCUGGGCAAGCUCACAGAGGCACAGAAGGGACUCAUAGAAGACAAGCUUAAGUGGAAGGCCCGAGAGAUGGAGAAGCGCAGCCAGGGGGCCCCGGGCCAGCAGAGGGGCAGGCGCAUGUCAGGGGGAGGGGCGGCAGGCAUGGAGCCACCCGUGCCCAUUGGGGCCCUGCCAUUGGCGACGAGGAUGCACAUGGCAGAGGCCGUACAACCACAAGCAGCUGCGCCCAUGCACUACCAGCAACCAGCAUAUGGCAAUGGGGGCAUGGGCAUGGGCCCAGGCAUGCCCCACAGAGCUACAGUACCCAUGGUGUCCGCCUCAUCCCACAUGGCAGCAGCACCGAGCCACCACCGCGCCACAGACAGCCAGUCCUACGCUACUUCCCGGGGCUACCCGUCCACACAAGCGCAGCCAGCAGGGGCGGGAUACUCGCACUCGGCGCCAGAGUCAUUCUUCGAGGCGAUCCUGUUCAUCGACCGCGAGGCGCCCUCUGAUCGCGUGGUGGAGGGGCUCAAGUACCUGUACCACGAGAUGCGCAGGGGCAUCGCAGAGGAGGACCCCCGCGUGCUGGCAGUCUUCAGGGAACACAUGCCCCGAUACAUUAAGCUGCUACGAUUCCAGUUUGUGCAGUUCUUCGUCCGUUCCGCUCCCGACGCCCAACUCAAGACCUACAAGUACAUCCUCAACUCGCUGCUCACACUAUUCGAGACGCGCUCCCUAAGCAUGCAGAUCCCCGACGACGACCUGCGGUUGUUGUUGGAGGAGAUGACCAUCUUCAUGCUCAACGAGCGUGUGAAGCAGCGCAACCCCAAUGACUCCAGCGCUGACCUAUGCCGUGCCGUCAACAUACUCAUGCUCAAGAUCUUGGACACGGCCCCCUCCACGCCCCUGUUCCUCUCACUCAUGACCAUCCUGCGCCCCACGUAUACCAUCAAGGGCUCCACCGCCGCCGAUGUCAAGGGGCCUGAUGGCACGCCCCUCGCCUCCCUCGUUGUCAAAUGCCUCCUGCGCAUGUGCAAGAAUUUCAGUGGGUACGUGGCGGACAUGGACUUUGACCGGCUACUCUUUGGCAUUCAUCAGUACUUCAGCGACUUCUCCCUCACAGAGCUCAGGAGGAGAGUGACCACGGACGAGCGCACGCUCUCCAUGUUCCGCAAGAUACUUUCAGAGGCGGUGGCGGCCAAGGGCCCCGCCAUCAAGGGGCACCUGUCGCUGAUCCCCAUUGACGACUCGCCGCAGCCCUUCAUCCUGCAGCAGGUGGACCUCGUGCUGCAGCAGGUACUCGAGAGGGCCUCCCAUGCCGCGGCCGCUGCUGACAGUGUGGUCGCUGAUGACUCGUCACUGCCUGACAGGGACGAGCUGCAGAGUAUCGUUCGCAAGAUAGUGGACCGCAAGCAGGGAGCAGUGAGCCUCUUUGAGCUCCACUACUACAUGCAGUCGCACCCUGGGCUGAAUCUAUAUGCGCAGCUGCCUAACAUCAGUGACACGAUGCAGGAGUACCUUGACAUGGGCAUCGCGAGGGUGCGAGAGCACAUCGGACGUGGCGGCACUUUCGCCACCUUCGAUGCUGCAGUGCUGGAAGGAGGUGCUGCUGCUCGCGGUGCCGCUGGUGGUGCUGGGGGGCACAUGGGUUCUUUCCAGGGUCAGGAGCAGCACCUGCCAUUGAGUGGGCUGCCCCCCAAUCUGCUGCAGAGGGGGAUGGGGGAUGGUGGCGGUAAUGGCAGUGCAGCGGCUGAUGCAGCGGCGUAUGACAUGGCGAAGAUGCGGCUGAACGGGCAACACUCAGGCGUCAACCUCAGAUACUGAUCCAGUGCUGGGUUUCCACAUACCGUAUGUGUAGGUUUGACUUGGCAGUACAUCGGUCUAGAAAGCAUUUGGUAUUGUAGCUUUGCCAGGCUAACAAGUUCAUUGUAGGAUUGUCCACUGUAUUGUAGUUACAGGCGUAGGGUCACACCUGAAUUGAUCGAACUACAGAUAUACCAUGCACGAAGUCCGUAACAGAGGGUU